UGCCCCAAUUGCCUCACACAUUUUUCAUUCAUUCUCUGACUCUGUUCGUUAACACAUUAUUCUUAAUUAUAUUCCCCCUCCUUAUUAGUCAAAGAAAAAGAAGUAGCAAUGGCUAUGGCAAAAAAUGUGCUCUACAUUGUGCCCAUUAUCACAUUAUUAAUUUGCAUGGUCGAAGCAAGGAUCCCAGGUGUCUACACUGGCGGCGCGUGGCAAAGUGCUCACGCCACCUUCUAUGGUGGAUCUGAUGCUUCCGGAACCAUGGGCGGAGCAUGUGGUUAUGGGAACUUGUACAGCCAAGGGUACGGCGUUAACACGGCGGCAUUGAGCACGGCGCUGUUCAACAGUGGGCUGAGCUGCGGUGCGUGUUUUGAGAUAAAGUGCGCAAACGACAAGCAGUGGUGCCAUUCCGGUAGCCCUUCCAUCUUCAUAACCGCCACUAACUUCUGUCCACCUAACUAUGCGCUUCCAAAUGACAAUGGUGGUUGGUGCAACCCUCCUCGCCCACACUUUGACCUCGCCAUGCCAAUGUUUCUUAAGAUUGCUGAGUACCGCGCCGGAAUUGUCCCCGUUGCUUAUCGCCGGGUGCCAUGCAGAAAGCACGGUGGGAUUAGGUUCACAGUCAACGGAUUCCGUUACUUCAACCUGGUUCUGAUAAGCAACGUGGCGGGGGCUGGGGACAUCACUAGGACCUACAUUAAGGGCUCAAGGACGGGCUGGAUGCCCAUGAGCCGUAACUGGGGCCAGAACUGGCAGUCCAACGCGGUUUUGGUGGGCCAGGCCCUUUCAUUUCGGGUCACAGCCAGUGAUCGCCGUAGCUCUACCUCUUGGAACAUUGCCCCAUCCAAUUGGCAAUUUGGUCAAACUUUCACUGGCAAGAAUUUCCGUAUCUGAAAAAAUAUAUAUAAAGAAAAAAAAAUCAUUGCUAGUGUCAUCAUAUCAAUGACACCCUUUAUUUUUUCUUUCCUGGGGUCAAUUUACCCAAAAGAAAAAAAGAUUAGGUCAGUUUUUAGGGUUCCCUCCAAUUACUUGUUUCUAGGUUGUCUUUUUGACUGGGAUGGGUUGUAUUGGAGAGAGUGAAGAGUUAAUUGGGACUACUAAAAUGUGUAAUUUUUUUUAAUUGGUGGGGUUUGAUUAAUUAAUGUAAAAUGUUGAUGUG